ACCUGACCGCCGGCCCCGUCUUUGCAGGACGGCCGUUCUCAGUGAAGGGCCCUGCACUCGCUACUGAGCUGUGGCCAUGGGCCUGCUUGCCUUCCUGAAGACCCAGUUCGUCGUGCACCUCCUCAUCGGCUUCGUCUUCGUGGUGAGUGGGCUGAUCAUCAACUCCAUCCAGCUCUGCACACUAGUCCUCUGGCCCGUGAACAAGCAGCUGUACCGCCGGCUGAACUGCCGCCUUGCAUACUCGCUCUGGAGCCAGCUGGUCAUGCUUCUGGAGUGGUGGUCAUGCACAGAGUGCACCCUGUUCACCGACCAGGCCACAGUGGGCCACUUCGGGAAGGAGCAUGUGGUCAUCAUACUCAACCACAACUUCGAAAUCGACUUCCUCUGUGGGUGGACCAUGUGUGAGCGCUUUGGCGUGCUGGGGAGUUCCAAAGUCCUGGCUAAAAGGGAGCUGCUUUACGUGCCCCUCAUCGGCUGGACGUGGUACUUCCUGGAGAUCGUGUUCUGCAAACGGAAAUGGGAGGAAGACCGGGAUGCCGUCAUCAAAGGGCUGAGGCGCCUGGCUGACUACCCCGAAUACGUGUGGUUUCUCCUGUACUGUGAGGGCACGCGCUUCACGGAGAAGAAACAUCGGGUCAGCAUGGAGGUGGCGGCCUCCAAGGGGCUGCCCGUCCUCAAGUACCACCUGCUGCCUCGGACCAAGGGCUUCACCACCGCGGUCCAGUGCCUCCGUGGGACAGUCGCAGCUGUCUACGACGUCACACUGAACUUCCGAGGAAACAAGAACCCGUCUUUGCUGGGGAUCCUCUACGGGAAGAAGUAUGAGGCGGACAUGUGUGUGAGGAGAUUUCCUCUGGAAGAGAUCCCGCUGGAUGAGAAGGAAGCGGCUCAGUGGCUUCAUAAACUGUACCAGGAGAAGGAUGCGCUGCAGGAGGUGUAUAACCAGAAGGGCGUGUUUCCGGGGGAGCAGUUCAGACCCGCCCGGCGGCCGUGGACACUCCUGAACUUCCUAUUGUGGGCCACACUUCUCCUGUCUCCUCUGUUCAGUUUUGUCUUAGGCGUCUUUGCCAGCGGGUCUCCUCUUCUGAUCCUGACGUUCCUGGGGUUUGUCGGGGCAGCUUCCUUUGGAGUCCGCCGACUGAUAGGAGUGACUGAAAUAGAGAAAGGCUCCAGCUAUGGAAACCAAGAAUUUAAGAAAAAGGAAUAAUUAACGGCUGUGAUUGAACACACAUACACCUGACCGUGGUAUCCAAUUAACUCAAUUAAAAACAGAACAACACACACAGAGCGGGGG